AUGUCAGAUAUUCAAUCAAAUAUAUUAACUAAAUCAUUAGAUAUUCAACCACAAUCAUCAACAAAACAAAUUAAAUUAAACAAUAAUAAAAAUCAGUAUGGACAACCUUGUAUAUUUAUUUUUGUAUUUGCUAUAGCAGCAAUGGCUAUUUCAAUUUAUUUACUUAUUCGUCUUAUGGAAACAACAAGCACAACAACUACUAGUACUCAACUUCGUUGGAAUUUAACAGGCUUGACAAUUGUUGGCAUAAGAGGUUCAUCAGGUUCAGCUUCAAAUCAAUUAUAUACUCCUUAUCAUUUAACAUUAAAUUUAAAUUAUUUCGCUUUAUCUGGAACAACAGUAGCUGGUAAAAAUGCAACAGCAACUACUGCUUUAGAUAAUUUAUAUUAUUCAACUGGAAUUAUUGUUGAUUCACCUUCAGCAAGUUCAUCAAACAAUGAAUUAGAUAAUCCAUAUGGUAUUACACGUAAUUCAAAUACAGACACACUUUAUAUAGCUGAUACGAACAAUAAUCGUAUUAUGGGUUAUGGAUCAAAUGUUUCAUCUGGUUAUAUUGUUACAGGAGGAAAUGAUGAUAGUUAUUGGACAUUAAUUGCUGGUAUAACUGGUUUACUUGGUAAUUCAUCAAAAUAA